AGCCCUGGGGCUCCGGUCAUGAAGUCUCGACAGAAAGGAAAGAAGAAAGGCAACUCGAAGGAGCGGGUGUUUGGGUGUGACUUGCAGGAGCACCUGCAGCACUCAGGCCAGGAGGUGCCCCAGGUGCUAAGGAGCUGCGCAGAGUUUGUGGAGGAGUAUGGAGUGGUGGAUGGGAUCUACCGCCUCUCAGGGGUUUCUUCCAACAUCCAGAAGCUCCGGCAGGAGUUUGAGGCAGAGCGGAAGCCAGACCUGCGCCGGGAUGUUUACCUCCAGGACAUUCACUGCGUCUCCUCUCUGUGCAAGGCCUAUUUCAGAGAACUGCCAGACCCCCUACUUACUUACCGGCUCUAUGACAAGUUUGCUGAGGCUGUGGCAGUACAGAUGGAACCUGAACGCUUGGUCAAGAUCCUAGAGGUGCUUCAAGAACUCCCUGUCCCAAACUACAGGACCCUGGAGUUCCUAAUGCGGCACUUGGUGCAUAUGGCUUCAUUCAGCACCCAGACCAACAUGCAUGCCCGAAACCUGGCCAUUGUGUGGGCCCCCAACCUACUCAGGUCUAAGGACAUAGAGGCCUCAGGCUUCAAUGGGACAGCAGCCUUCAUGGAGGUGCGUGUGCAGUCCAUUGUCGUCGAGUUCAUCCUCACACAUGUGGACCAGCUCUUCGGGGGUGCUACCCUCUCUGGUGGUGAAGUGGAGGGUGGAUGGCGAUCGCUUCCAGGAGUCCGGGCAUCAAACAGCCCUGAGGACUUUAUGCCCAGGUCCCUGCCCUACCACCUGCCCAGCAUCCUGCAGGCGGGCGAUGGACCCCCACAGAUCCGGCCCUACCACACUAUCAUUGAGCUUGCUGAGCACAAGAGGAAAGGGUCUUUGAAGGUCAGGAAAUGGAGAUCCAUCUUCAAUCUGGGUCGCUCUGGCCAUGAGACAAAGCGUAAACUUCCACGAGGGGCCGAAGAUAGGGAGGACAAGUCUGAUAAAGGGACACUGCGGCCAGCCAAGAGCAUGGACUCACUGAGUGCUGCGGCUGGAGCCAGUGAUGAGCCAGAGGGGUUGAUGGGACCCAGCAGUCCCCGGCCAAGACCCAUGCUGCGUGAGAAUGAUUCCGUGGAGGCAGCAGAGGGCGAGCAGGAGCCCGAGACAGAGGCACUGGGCGGCACAAACUCUGAGCCAGGCACACCACGAGCUGGGCGGCCAAUGGCCCGGGCUAGUGGUACCAGCCGUGCAGAGCGCUGUGCUGGGGUCCACAUCUCAGACCCCUACAAUGUCAACCUCCCCCUACACAUCACCUCUAUCCUCAACGUGCCCCCAAACAUCAUCUCCAAUGUCUCCUUGGCCAGGCUCACCCGUGGCCUUGAGUGCCCUGCCCUACAGCCCCGGCCAACUCCUGCCUCUGGCCCUUGCCCUGGUCCUGGCCCUGGCCCUGGCCCCCCAGAUGAGAAGUUGGAGCCAAGUCCAGCCCAAGGUCCCUUGGCUAAUUCAGGCCCAGCAGAUGUGGCCCCUGCCCUGGAGGAUUCUCUGUCCCAGGAGGUGCAAGAUUCCUUCUCCUUCCUAGAGGACUCAAGCAGCUCAGAGCCUGAGUGGGUGGGGGCAGAGGAUGGGGAGGUAGCCAAGGCAGGAGCAGCAGGAGCAGCCUUCUCCCCUGGGGAGGACGAUCCUGGGAUGGGCUACCUGGAGGAGCUCCUGGGAGUUGGGCCUCAGGUAGAGGAGUUCUCUGUGGAGCCACCCCUGGAUGACCUCUCUCUGGAUGAAGCACAGUUUGUCCUGGCUCCCAGCUGCUGUUCCCUGGACUUUGUCGGCCCCAGGCCUGAAGCAGAAGAGGAAAGUGGGGAGGAAGUCUUCCUGAGUGCUUAUGAUGACUUAAGUCCCCUUCUGGAGCCCAAACCUCCGACCUGGGAAGUUCUAGGGAGUCCAAAGCAAAAGGCAGCAGGGUGUGAAAGACAGGCUCCAGGGCAGGCUGAGGGAGAAGAGACAUGCUGGGAAGUUGGAGAGAACAAGGAGGCUGAGCCUGAAAACAGAUGGGACAUCAGGGAGGAGGCUGAGGGGAGUCCAGAGACCAAGGUAGAGGCUGGAGAGUCAGGUGAGGAAGGAGUGGAGGCUGAGGGAGGCCAAGAAAUGCUGGUCAGUUUGAGAGAAGGGAGUGGUAUAGAGACAGAGAUCAUAGAAGAGCAGUCCACCAGUCAGAAUGAAACUGAGAGUAUGGAGGCAGCUAAGGGUAUGGAGGAACCAGGAGAGCAGGAUAAAGACGAGGAGAAGGAAAGAGAGAUUGAGAGAGCAGAAGAUGCUGACAGAGGAGAGGAGGCCCAGGUAGAAGCUGGAAAGGUCUCAGAGCAUGAGGCCCAGGAACACCAAGUUGCUGAAGAAAGCUGGGAAAUUGUAUAUAAACAAGAGGAUGAGGGAGGCAGAGAAGAUGAUAUCAAAGGACAGAGUGGAGGUGGGGACCAGGAAGCAAGAGAAGACCAAGGAGACGGUGAAGACAAUAGAAUCCCUGAAGUAGUAGUAGGGGAGGUCAGCAAGGAACGGGAGAGUGGAGAUGGAGAGGCAGAGGGACACCUGAGGUCUGGAGAUGACCAUUUUGAAGAGGGCUCCUUCCAUGAAGGGUCAGAUGAAGAAGCCCUAGAGACUGACUGCGCCAAAGUGAGCAAUGCCCCAUCCUCUGAGGGGGAAGAGAUAGCCCCACAGCCACCUCAGCCAGAGGAGAUGGAGCCUGAGGGGCAGCUCAGUCCAGAGGGUUGUGAUCUGUGCCCCUGUCCCUCUGGCUUAGCUGGUGGUGUGGGUAUGCGCCUGGCUUCCACCCUGAUUCAAGUCCAACAGGUCCGCUCUGUGCCUGUGGUGCCCCCCAAACCACAGUUUGCCAAGAUGCCCAGUGCACUGUGUACCAAAAUCCAUGUGGCACCUGCAAACCCAUGUCCUAGGCCUGGCCGGCUUGAUGGGACUCCUGGGGAAAGGGCAUGGGGGUCCCGAGCCUCCCGCUCCUCCUGGAGGAAUGGGGGCAGUCUUUCUUUUGACGCUGCUGUGGCCCUGGCACGGGACCGCCAGAGGACUGAGGCUCAGGGAGUUCGGCGGACCCAGACCUGUACUGGAGGUGGGGACUAUAGUCUCAUCCCCAGAACCACACCCUGUAGCAUGAGCCCUGCCUAUUCUCAUCGGCCCCUUAGCUGCCUGGAGCUUCCACCUGAAGGUGCAGAAGGAUCUGGACCCCGGAGUCGCCUUAGUCUGCCCCCCAGAGAACUCCAGCCCCCUGAUCCCCUUAUGCUUCCUCAGCGCCGAUCUUAUGCAUUUGAAACACAGGCUAACCCUGGGAAAAGUGAGGAAUUGUGA